GAGACAUAACGAUUACAUGCCACUCGUGCCAUAUACAUCAUUUUUUUCCUUCUAAAAAUAUGUAUACUUCAAUGAGUUUUCCAUUGGGUUAUAUCCCGCAAGAUUUGGAUCUCAUCCUUCAAAACUACCAUUUUGCUGCAGUUCUAUUCUAUCUCUUUGGAAUUGAGACAAGCCAGCUAGUAUGAAGCUGAAACAAUCAAACAACAAUUUUAUAAUUAAGAUGAUGAAGGCAAUGUGGCAGCAGAGGAGGCAAACUAGGUGAUGACUAAUGAGGUUUUCUGAUUGCCAACACAAGGAAGACAUGCCAGUUAUACACUCCAACCCUAUUUCAAUACUAUCAUAUCACAUAUGAUAAUAAUGCACAAUGUUUGGCAUAGAUGUGACAAAUUCACCAAUUUCCAAUGAAACCUGCAUGGAUGCCACAUGCUCACAUUGAUUGAGCGAUACCUUAGCUCAUAGCUGUCUGUGCUACCUGUUUUCUUGGCCUAUAGAAUUGAAGUAUGAACAUGAUUGGCUUCUAUAUAUAAAGAGAGUCAAGGACUUGGUAUAACAACACAAACACAACAUCAUUCAGCUUCACUUCUCUAAGAAAAGAAAAAUCAACCACCAAAAAAGCAAUUAAGCAUGGCAAACAAGUACCAUGUUCGUUCAAAUAGUUUUCCUUCUGCAUCUCAUCCUAAUACCAUCAGAGUAGAGGAGGACCUGAGCAAGAUAAAAGCUUGGGCAGCCACAUCCACAUCCACAUCAACAUCAAUUGGAUCUGGCCUUUCCUUGCUUGAAGAUCUGUUCAUUAGCUUGGAAGAUCUUCUCAACAUGGCAUCCACCCAAAAGGUGAUUUCUCACCAUCAAGGUGAGAAAUGCAUGGAAGAAUUGUUGGAUGCUUCAGUGACAAUCUUGGACAUCUGUGGCAUCACAAGAGACACCAUGUCACAGAUUAAGGAAAAUGUUCAAGCCCUUCACUCUUCUCUUAGAAGGAGAAAGGGAGAUUCAAGCAUUCAAACCAGUGUAGCCGAGUACAUCUUCUUGUCAAAGAAGGUGAAGAAGAAUGCCAAGAAGUUGAUUACGUCUUUGAAGAAGAUGGAUACCAAAUUUGGAGUGUCACCACUCUUGAAUCAAGAUCAACAACUCAGUGCUUUGAUUAGAGUGCUUAGGGAAGUCAUUGCAAUGAGCAUGUCUACAUUCCAAUCCCUUUUAUCAUUCUUGGCCGUGCCUGCUUCAAAGUCAAAGACAAACAAAUGGUUAGUGGUAGCAAAGUUAUUGCAUAAAGGGGUUAUAGCUUGUGAAGAGAACAAGGAGAAUGUCAAUGAGUUGCAAUGUGUGGAAGCAUCUUUAAGCACCCUUCUAUGUGAUGGUUCAAACACUGCCAAGAUUAAGUCUGCACAUGAAAAUUUGGAGGCUUUGGAGAAUGCCAUUGAAAGUCUAGAGAAUGAUUUGGAGAGAGUAUUUAGGCAUUUGGUAAAAACUAGAGCCUCCCUUCUCAACAUAAUGACUCUAUAGAGUAUGCUCAAUCAGUCUUAAUUAGUUCUCCAAAUCCUACAAAUGAUCCAAAUUUUAGGGAUCUGAUCAGGAUUGGAAUUUUUUGCCUAAUCAAUUUGUACAUGAUGUAUACAAUACAAUUCAUUAGUGAUA